UUAAUUUUGCCAGUUCUGCGAGAUGAAUUCCGCGCCCAGCCUCAGAAUACAAGAGUUGCUGCCGGUGAGACAGCCUUACUCGAGUGUGGCCCACCAAGGGGUCACCCAGAGCCGACUCUCCAGUGGAAGAGGAAUGGCCACGUCAUAGACUUUGAAUCCACCAAGAGAAUAACCCUGGUGGACGGUGGUAACCUGAUGAUAUCUGACGUCAGGCAGACGGAUCAGGGAAAAUAUCAGUGUGUUGCCCACAAUAUGGUGGGCGACAAGGAGUCGGCAGUGGCGACAUUGACAGUUCACGUCAAACCCUCAUUCCUGUCAACCCCAGAGAAUCAGACGGUGUUGGUGGACACAACUGCCCAAUUCGCGUGUCGCGUGAGUGGUGAUCCACCGCCGGAAAUUCUCUGGCGCAGACACGACGGAAAAAUGCCAAUCGGACGUGCCCACAUUCUUGAUGACAAGAGCCUCAAGAUUGAGCGUGUUACACCCCAGGACGCUGGAACGUACAUUUGCGACGCUGAAAAUGGGGUCGGGGCCAUUUCUGCCAGUGCAACCCUCACCGUACACUCGCGUCCAGUCUUCACGGAUUUCCCAAAGGACGAGAUUGUCAGUACGGGCUCAGACGUAGCAUUCGCUUGUUCGGCUCGGGGGGCUCCGAAGCCCUCGAUAUUCUGGUCCCGAGAAGGAUCACAAGAGCUGAUGUUCCCCGGCAAUGUUUAUCAGGGUCGAUACACUAUUAAUGAGGAUGGCUCGAUGCACAUAAAACAAGUCAAUAAAAAGGACGAGGGACACUACGUGUGCAGCGCUAUAAGCUUGGCCGGUGCCAGCACGGCAACGAUAUUUCUUCAAGUAACUCCAAUCGAGGAGGUCCCCCCGCCAAUAAUAGAGCUCGGCCCAGCCAAUCAGACAUUACCAGUGAAGAGCACAGCGUAUUUACCCUGCCGUGCGGUUGGUACGCCCACCCCCCGAGUCCAGUGGCACAAGGACGGUGUUCUCAUUUCACUGGGUAAUCGAAUCACCAUGUCGAGCAAUGGUACCCUCAUCAUUGACGAACUGCAGUCAGCAGACUCGGGUCUGUACACAUGCAUCGCCUCGUCGGAAUCCGGAAAUACAUCUUGGUCAGCAACACUGGCCGUGAGUGCCUCAACUACUCUGCACAAAACCCCCGACAUGUCAGCACUCCCCCAAAAUCCGAGUAAACCAAGAAUCGUCAACAUAACGAGUACAUCCGUAACAUUAACGUGGAGUCCAGGCCACGAGGGCAAGAGCAAGAUAAUCGGCUACAACAUCGAGUACUUCAGCAGCAAUCUCAACACCGGUUGGGUGAUAGCCGCUACGGGAGUAACAGACGACACUUACACCGUGACGGACUUAAAGCCGGACACCAAGUACGUGUUCCUCGUACGUGCGGAAAAUGGCCACGGGCUUUCCCUGCCGGGUCCCCUCUCCGACGUCGCCCACACGACGAGUCAAAAUCAGUACUCAGUCCCCCAGAUCGAGCUGAUCCGCGCGCGAGACAGACUCAACAGUGAGAUCCUGCACCUGAAGGAGGUGCAGCCCCUGACCAGCACGAGUGUCAAGAUAAUCUGGGACAUCCUGGGAGCUGCUGACCUCGUCGAGGGGCUGUACAUAAGAUACCGCGAGAUUUCGGACAAGCCCGAGUACCAGAUGGUGACGGUGAUGAACGCCGGGGCGACGAGCUACGUUCUCACGAACCUCAAGAAGUACACGAUGUACGAGUUCUUCCUCGUCCCCUUCUACAAGACCAUAGAAGGCCGACCGAGUAACGUCAAACUGUCAACGACCCUGGAGGACGUGCCCUCGGGGGCACCCGAGAACGUCCACGUCGGCAUGAUAAACAUGACGUCUGCCUUCGUCAGGUGGGAGGCCCCACCGAAGACCGAGCAAAACGGCGAACUCAUUGGCUACAGAAUACAGAUAAAGAGCAACAGCAGCAACAAAAUCCUCGGGCAGAUGUCCCUGAACGCGUCGACAACAUCGGUUAUCAUCAAUAGUUUAACAACCGGUGGUCUGUACACCGCGCGAGUUGCGGCCUCGACUCGAGCGGGACUGGGUCCAUUCUCGAGUCCUACAAUACUGAACAUGGACCCCGGGCAGUUGAUAGUAUUGCCACCGAAGACCGACCCGAGUCACGGGGGAAUAUCGAUUGUCUCCGAGACGUGGUUUCUCAUUCUGAUGAUAACAAUGGUGUUCACUAUCGUAGCAGGACUGGUGGGCGUUCUUUACGUCCGCAGACGACAGGCUAUGAGCAAACAACUGGGGCACCUCAACGUGCCCGUUGGAACAGCCAGUGAUAUUUGCCAAUUGAACAAGGACACCCUGUGGCUGGAGAGAGGGUGGAGACCGACGAAUACACUUCAGGGAUCGACUGACAAAGACUGCGAGACGAAAUUGCUUAACAACCAGCAGAUGCUGGCACCGGGGAUUGUGAGUAUGGCGGGCUCAGAGUACGCCGAGGUCAACUUGACGACCUUCUACAACGCGAGGAAACCGCUGCAAGCACCGCCUGAGCCGUACGCAACGACAACGCUCUGCGUGGGGAACAGAAGCCCCGACUCGAUGGAUGGCAGUGGGCAAAAAUCAAACUCGAGUGAUUCCUGCGUUAAGCCGGAUUACUCGAACCUCGACUCAAACCAAGAUCACAACCAGUCGACGUUAUCGCCGAGCAGCGAUAACGCCAGCAGUGUGUACACAGACGAAAAUGCCGAUAUCCAGCGACGACCGCAGUACAGAAUACCAACGAAUGAGAAUCAAGGGAAUCAGGGGGGUAUGCCGAAUUGGUGCGAUAUGCUUCCACCACCCCCUGAGCACCCACCACCCACGGGUACGUCAUUAUCCAGUAGAAUGCAGCAACAAAUAGCUGCAUUCAGCCCUCAUCUUGGCAAGAGGAAUGUGCAAAAUGACCUCGAUGGCACUAAUUCGGGGAAUUCGCAGAGUCCACCGACCCCACCUGUCAGAGUUGGGAAUAAUUUUUCUUCGUCACCGACACCCUGGAAUGGCCUGCAGCAUGAGAAUCAUGGGAAUCAUCAGCAGGGGAGGUACACGACACUGCCACCGCAGACCAAUCCACCACCGGUUCCGUCAUUUCCGCAGGGUUUUAAUCAUUAUGACUACAAGAAUCAGGAGAAUGAGUAUGAGAGUGGGUCGGUCAUCUACGGUCAUCAGAACGGGAUCAAGGAGGAGUACAGGUCGCACGACGGGGGAUACAGCCAUCCCAACCUCCCCAAUCAUGGCCCCCAUGGGGAGGAUCACUACCGACACAACGACGAAAUCUUUAGGAAUGACAAUCUCUAUCAGCCGGACAAUGAAGAGUGGGACAGAAAGUCCUGCGACUCGAACACUCACUCCGAGCUCUGCUGCUCCUGCUCCGAGUCGAGUUGUCUUUAUGCUGAUACAAUGGACUACAACAAUCAAUUUGGGACUGGGUGUGGGCACAGGAACGGCUCCAGGAGCAGGAGCAACAGGAGCCCGCGGAGGAGGGGGAACCGAACGGCGUCGCCGACCUACAGCAGCGACAGCAAUUACUCGUGUAUUCCGAAGAGACAGUGCGGACCGGCGAAUUCGCAGGAGAGGCUCAGGCAUAAUCGCAGUAAAGACAAAGUACCUAGUUUCCCCAGAACUGGCUACAACCAGCACAACUCGUCAGCCUCGAACACAAUGAGUAGCUCAGGCAGCCAGAGGUACAACAAGCUCAACAGUCUUUUCAACCCAAACGGUCCAACCGAGACAACUCGACUGAGUGAUCAUCGGGAUAGCUAAGCAAUAUGGAGUAUUCGACUUAACGAGCACUAUCCUAUUUUCAAAAAACACAAAUGACAUUUUUACCAACACAACUAGAAGCCAUACUGAGCCAAUAAUGAGAAUUGGAAUUGCCAUUGAUUCCUUCAUAAAUGCCAUUAAUACCUGCUAAUCCGCGUUAUGUAUGAAAAAUGAUAAAGAAAAAUAUGGACGUGGCAUUUAUUUUUCAUUAGCCUGUAAAUUUCUCCCUCGUCACGACAAAUAACUGACAUUAUUUUCGAUAUAACGUUCCUAACUCCUAAGAGGACAAGAAAAAAAUCCAAGUUAUUCGGUAUGAAAUAAUCGUACAGUGUCUCUUCCAGAAUAAAUAAAGCAAAUAACUUACUGAUAGUAUGUUUACGAGUGAAGAGAGCCGAAGCGAGGUGCAUAAUCAUAUCAAGUGUUUUUUUUUGUAAAGAUUGUACAAAGUUAAUUAUGGGGAUUAGUCACUAGAUAUUAAUUAACAGUACUGUUAAGCCUAACCAGUAAGUAGUGGGGGAUAUAAAUAAUAGGAUAAACCUUGGGGAACGUUUCUAUAAGCCACACUGCGUUUAAUACCCUGACAAAUAAGUGAGAAUGUGAUUUAAAGCGUUUGAUCAUUCACUCGCUGCUUAUUAAUGUUUCGAAGGUGCAUUCAUAAACUUCUGAUGCUUCCAGAGGGCCUCCGAGAGGUCCACGAAGUAGGGCAACUCUUCAUUAAUUGUAAAGUAUCCAUAAUCUCAUGGAAUAUCGUGAAUUAAUCUGUUGAAUUUUCCUUGUGAGAAGUGUUGUUCAUCGAUUGAGAUGACUUGCCCCGUUAAAAUACCUUCUGAACUGUAGAUAAAUCCUUGUGAAUACAGAUGCGUAAGACGUAUUAAUCCUAAUGUAGAUUAAGUAAUUCAAUCUAGUGUGGUUCAAUAUCCAAAACCCUGUACAUUGUUUUCUCAUUCUUUAUUUUUUGGUGAAAGUUAAAUGACAUUUUACGUAAGUAGAUAACCCCGAUGCCAUGUAAUCGCUCAAAUUAAAUGUAAUUAGUCGAUAUAUCAUUAGGUAAAAUUUAAAAUGCCCGGUAGAAGUUGAAUAAUGAAAAAAAUCUGUACAAUCGAGUCGAGUAUUCAUUGGCAAUAAUUCUUAAUCACUGCCACACUUCCGAGACUUGCACACUGAAUCCGGCAAUAGAAAACGAAAUCAUGACUGUUUCAUUAGUUUGCCAAAUACUCGACAAUUGUAUUCAACAGAAUCACCAACUGUGCGAAAUCCAUCCACGAUGAACAAACAAAUCACGGACUCGUAAUCGAGGAAAAAUGUACUAGUUAGAGAUCUGUACUUUAGGAUAUUACUGAGAGUGAAUAAAUUGCUGGAGAACAUCGAACCAUUCUGCCAAUUGGCAAUUCGAGAGAAGAAUAAUGUAUUAUUUUUAUAAUUGAGAUGAAUUUCACUGGAGUUGACAGAAUGGCUCGUAUUAUUUUGUAAAAUAAACGUUGUAAUAAGCCAGUUGAUUUAAUAAUUAUUGUUCGAGGGAAAAGCCUUUGUCUAGGUGCACAGUGGGAAUAAACGUACUAUAUAAUAUUUACUGGGCAUGAAGAAGAGAGCGAGCGUGGAACAUAAAUCUAGUAAUCGAAAUUGGAUUAAUUGUACGCGUAGACGAACGCCAUCGAGAUAAAUUAUUUUCAAUACGUAUGAAAACAUUUAAUAGAAAAAAAAUUAUUGAAACUUCAGAAUAACAAUUCCAUCGAAACGUUCCAUGUUUUUAAAUAGAUAUCUUUUUUUACCAAAAAUGUCUGUAGACGUUAAUGUUUUUAUAACUCUUGGGCAUGAAUUUUCCAAGUGGUUUUUUCCUCGAUUUUAUUACGAGAAAAAAAUUGAAAAAUUUAUGCCCAA